AUGAAACAAGAUAGAAUAUUUGAUAAAAGGGCUAAAAUACCUGUGGCCAUCAAGGCCAUAGAUUUUGAACAUGCUGAAGACGAAAUUAAAGAUAUACAAGUAUCACCACUUCAAAAAGCACUUGUAAAACUAGUGAAGCGUCACCUUAAAGCCAUUCUUUUGGUUAUUGGUGAUGGUGCAAAUGACGUUUCAAUUAUUCAAGCAGCUCAUAUUGGUGUUGGAAUUCUUGAAGGAAUGCAACUGCUCGUAGUGCAAAUGUUAUGUUAUUUAUAG